AUGGCCGACGAAAGCAAGAAGCGUGCCGCACCUGCAGGCGGUGCUGAUAGAAGCAACAAGAAAUCAAAGAAACAAUGGCGUGUACCUCGCAAAGUCGAUCAGUACGCAUCGCAAAAAGUCAUUCUACCAGGCGACCAAGGUAUCUGGGCCACGUGCGACAAGGGCAGAGAAGGCAAAUGCACAGGAGAACUUCGCGAUCUUUUCAACGAGUAUGCUCAACUUCUUUACGGAGACGAAUUGGCUGCGGAAGCCGGUGCUGCUGGUUUUGAUGAUGAGGGAGACGGCGAGAUCAACAUUGAAGCCGAGAUUCAACAAGAACUCGCAGACAUCCGCAAGCCUCAGUCAAAACCUCUCUUCUGGUCAAUCAAGCUGGAUGUUCAAUGCGGUGAGUCAAUCUGUUAUAAAUCUCGUAACGUCACUAAUGCCGGCGCUNNAGUUAUCUUCUUCAAGACCAGAGCGCCUGUCGAGCCCGUUUCGUUUGUACGAAGAAUCUGCGAAGAUGCUGCCAAACCGAAUGCGCCAAAGCGUACCAGAUUUUGCAACCGUCUUACUCCAAUGACUUUGAUGGGCAAGGCCACCGAGGAGGGUCUCGAGAAGAUAGCCAAGGAGGUUCUUGCACCUCACUUCCACACAGAACCGCGUGUGCCCACAAAGCGAAUGGAUAUCAUCCAGAAAGUUGCGUCGACUGUCGGCCCAGGACAUCAAGUUGAUCUCAAAAACCCAGACGUUCUCAUCUUGGUCGAAAUUUACACUAGCAUCUGCGGUAUCAGCGUAGUGCCCAACGAUUAUGAGGCUCUGAAGCGAUACAACCUGGCUGAAAUCUUCGAGCCUUCUCCCAAAGAACAACCUAAGAAGAAGAUCGAGGCUCCCAAAGAGCAGCCUGCAGAGAAUGUUAAGCCGGAGGUUGGUCAUCAGACCGAGGUCUCCAUCGUCAAAGAGGAGGUCGAGAUGCCGGCUGGCACAGAAGAGAUCGAAACCCCAGCGGUAGCUGCAAAAGACGAGGCAGCUCAAGUCUAA